AUGGCCAAGCGGCAAAGCAAUACGAGCUCUUUUGAGCGAAGUUUAAAGCCCAAGCUCGGCAGUGGCUAUAAGUUUGCAAGCCAUCUGCCCAGAGAUAUGCGCGCAAAAGCACCCGCCUACACUGUCGAUAUAAGGCAGCAUGCAGAGAACGCUCGCGUAUGCUCCUUCAAAGAAAAAGUCGAUAGGAGACCGAUAGAUCCUCCGCCAAUCAUACAACUCUAUACAGACGAAGUGGAUAAGAGCGAGUUUCUGCAAUCAACGUCAUUAUUUAUGACAGCAACUCUUAUAAAUCCACAUGGCAGCCUCGAAGAAGUUUACAGCCAAAGAAACGUUCGGGCCACCGCCGGAAUCACCGUCCAAACUCCUACGAAGCUCAAAGAUGAGCAUGGCAAGGGUAAGGAUAACGGUUCAUUCUGUAUUUGGAAUCACAUAUCUGUGCGGCAAGAAGGACACUUCAAACUCCACUUCAGACUCUUCGAAAGGCGUAAUCUUGACGUCAUAGAAGUCGCCAGCGCAAUAUCAAAUGUGUUCACAGUUCACAAUCCAAAGAACUUUCCUGGAAUGUCAGAGUCUAGCUACUUGACUAGAUGCCUCGCCAGUCAGGGCGUUAGGAUAAGAGUGAGAAACGAAAAUAAAGCGAUACGCAAUAGGAUUUAUGAGCAUGAGAGCGAAAGUACCUCUCUUGCACCAUCAACGUCAACAAUGUCAACAUCAUCUGCAUCUUCUUCGAAAACCCAUCGUGUACAAAAGCAGCAACCUACUAGCAAAAUUCAACAAACAUCACAUCCUAUAGUUCCACUUGGAUCAUUGGCCACUAUGCCAUUUUUUCCAACUCCCCUACAUGAAAGCCAUAUAAGCCAAUUUGACCGGAUACCCUUCACUAACCCAAAUGUCGGUUUCAAAAGCUCAAGCACUGAAAGCGACAGGAAGUCACAAAUAUCGCAGCUGCCACGACCAUUACCGCCUGGAAGAACUAUCUCUGCAAAUGUGGAUCCGUUGAACUCGGUUAGUCAAUUAAAUCAACAGCAUCAGCAGCAGAGCAAGGCUAGCAUUGAUUAUCUCCUUGAUGCCGCUCGGACGUUAAAUGAUGAUGAAGAGAGGGAGGACAGAGCCAGACGAUUUCAGCUAUAG